AUGAGUGUCGCGUACGAGCCCAGGUCCUUCAUUCAUGAGGGAGCCUACCCCCCGAUAGGGGACGAACACGACCAUGGAUCCGGCCAACGGUUUACAGACUCCGACGUCGCUGAACAUCUCAGUCACUACACCUCUGAUGCUGCGCUCUUGGGAGAUGAUCGAAGCAUCAUCGAUGAUGAUGGCACUGGUGUGCAGGACGCUUCACGUCUGGAUCUUGGCGCAACCGGAUUCCCGUCGCCAAUGCCAGCUCCGCUGCACGCCACAUCAAUACCUGAGCCCAUGUCGGAGAGCAAAGAUGCUUCACCAGGCAUCGGAUCACCGCCUUCGUCGCGAACAAAGUCAAUCUCUAAACCCGACAGAGAUGUAGCGAAGCAGCCCGACGGCAAGUUUCACUGCCCCUUGGAUGAAUGCAAGGAAGAGGUCCGCGCAUUUUCACGCAAGUGCGAAUGGAACAAACACAUGGACAAGCACGAACGGCCUUACCGAUGUCCCGCACCUGGCUGCGAGAACCUCCCUGGCUUCACAUAUUCCGGAGGUUUGCUGAGACAUGAGCGCGAGGUCCACGGCAAACACGGUGGUCCCAAGAAUACCGUAAACUGCCCCCAUCCAAAUUGCAAGCGGCACACUGGCAAAGGUUUCUCAAGACAGGAGAACCUCAACGAGCACUUGCGACGGGUUCACACGAGUGGCGAGGUUUCGACGCCCCCGGCCGAUUCAAUAGCCUCGCCGGAAGACAACGAAAGCGAAAAAUCUGGCAUAAAGCGCAAGCGGCGCUCCAGCGGACAGGGGGAUGAGCUCACAGAGCUUCGUGACGAGAUCAAGCGAGUUCGUGAGGAAAACGAGAAGCUCAAGUCCGAGAUGGAGCAACAAUCACAACAUUCCCUUGCCAUGAUGGCGCAGAUUGCGGAACUACAAGACGCGCUGCGACACGGCUUGUCAACACACGCCUUGGGAGCCCCAACAGCACAGAUGAUUUAG